UAGAAGCGGAGCGGUUUUGUCGUCGGAGUGACGGGCGGUUUGCGAUCUCCUUUUCAUUCCUGCCUGAGGCGGUUAGAUAUCUACAGCGAUCCAAGGAGCAGAGAAAUUGGCCCCAAACUCGGACAGAUUUGAUUGAUAUGGGUAUUCAUUCUGAUGUGGUGGGCCUUAGGGCAAGCAAGAUAUCAUCUUUCAUGGUGGCAGCUUCUCCCAACGAGCCCAGGGUUAUAGAUAGCAAGACAUCCCCAACACAAGAUGCAGUUCAAAGAGGUCUCAAAAUGGCCAUUAUUGCAGGCUCAGUAGUUGCAGUUCCCACGCUGGUUGGUUGUCGAGUCAUUCCCUGGGCGAAAGCAAAUUUGAAUUAUACUGCACAAGCUCUAAGCAUAUCAACAGCUGCAAUUUCUGCUUUCUUCAUCACUGCUGAUAAAACCAUCCUGAAACAUGCAAGAGGAAACACAAUUGGCAAGUAUGACAAGAGUUCUUGACAUGAAGCAGCACCAACUCAAAGAUGAAACUCUUGGAGCACGAAUUUUGAUGUUUAAUGGUUUCAGCCCUUCCGAGUUUAUUUACAUUUUGUUUUUGUUCUAAAUUGCUUGUUGAAUCAAGUUAGAAAUGAAAUUUCUGCUAAUGAAAUAGCAG